AUGGGGCAGGGAGCCGACAUCAGCGGCUGGCCUGGGCAAGCAAAGCCUCUGGGCUUUAACUCUGAGCUGACUCAGCAGGGGCUCAACACGGCCUUCGACCGCUUACGGAGGGUGGUUCCCCAGUGGGGCCAGGAUAAAAAGCUGUCCAAGUACGAGACCCUGCAGAUGGCGCUGAGCUACAUCAUGGCUCUGACCCGGAUCCUGGCCGAGGCCGAGCGAUUCGGCUCGGAGCGGGACUGGGUGGGUCUCCACUGUGAGCACUUCGGCCGCGACCACUACCUCCAGUUCCCAGGCGCGAAGCUGCCUGGCGAGAGCGAGCUGUACAGCCAGAGACUCUUCGGCUUCCAGCCCGAGCCCUUCCAGAUGGCCACCUAG